CUCUAGUGGCAUUUUAUCCGUUUCAGUGUUUUGUUUUGAAAUUCAUUCCCAUAAAAUUUUUGCAAAAAAAAUAAGCAAAAACUUGUAAUGAACAGACCGAAAAUCACAUUUGGGAAGAUCAGUUUCACCAAAGCAUCUAGUAGCAUUGAAAAUUCAGUGGAAGGGUCACAGAAUGAAGGAUUUGGGACUUUUGGCAAAAAUGCUCCAGUGAAUAAGCUGAAUGAGGCAAUAGAGGAGAUCACAGAUGACCUGGAGAGUCAACAUGUGAAGGAGGUGAUGGGAAUAUCGGGAUUUGGGAGGAAAGCAAAGAGUUUUGACAUUGCCGAACAGAUUGCAAAAGCCAGGCAUACAGCUCCCGCACCAAAAGUCCCAGAAAAGGCUCCAGAGAUCCCUGGAGACGAGGAGGAGGAUGAUGAUGAAGUGAUAGGACCCCUGCCACCAGCAGAUUUCACCGUGGAUAAGGGUAAGCAUGAAGAGAAAAAGGGAAGUGACAGUGAGGAGAGUGAAGACGAAGAGGACGAGGACGAGAGCCUUGUAAAGCGUAUUCCUGCCAGCCACGAGGUGGCAAUGCAGCAUGGAUCCCGGGCAGUAAUUGCUCUCUCGGCAGAUCCUUCAGGAGCCCGCCUGGCUUCCGGGUCUGUAAAUUAUGAUUUAUGCUUCUGGGACUUUGCCGGAAUGGAUACGAGUAUGAGGGCUUUCCGGACGCUCCAGCCCUGUGAGAACUAUCCCAUCCGAGGAAUUCAGUACUCAGUGACUGGAGAUAGGAUUUUAGUCGUCUCAGGGAAUUCACAAGCCAAGAUCUUGGACAGGGAUGGAUUUGAGAAGAUGGAAUGUGUCAAGGGAGAUCAGUACAUUACGGAUAUGGCCAGGACGAAGGGGCACACAGCUCAGCUCACAGCUGGAUGUUGGCAUCCUGGGAGACGAGAUGAAUUCCUCACCAGUUCCCUGGAUGCUACUCUGCGCGUCUGGGAGGCAGCCAGUGGGAAGCAACAGAAGAAUGUUAUCAAAACUCGAGCUCAGGGAGGUCUCAAGACCCUGCCACACAGCUGCACAUACAAUCGCGAUGCCACGCUCAUUGCAGCCGGAUGUGCUGACGGGUCUAUUCAGAUGUGGGAUACCAGGAAAAUGUUCGUCAACACGACGCAUUGCGUCCGGGAAGCUCAUUCCCGAGGCAGUGAAAUCUCCUGCGUCACUUUCUCCCAUCUGGGCACUCAGCUGGCUUCCAGGUCCUGCGAUGGGACAAUGAAGCUCUGGGACAUGAGGAAUCUUCGUGAGUCAGUGUUCUCCUUUGGAGAUCUCUAUGCGAGGUACGAUACAACUGAUUGCGUCUUCAGUCCCGAUGACGCCAUCCUCGUAACAGGAGAAUCUUUAGAACGAGACAAGGAAGCAGCCACUAUUCAAUUCUUCGACACAAAGACCAGCGAGAAAGUGCAAGAGAUCCCUGUUACAGAUUCCCACGUCAUUAAGGUUCUCUGGCAUCCGAAGCUCAAUCAGAUCUUUGUGGCCUGCGGCAAUGGCACAAUAAAGUGCUUCUAUGACGAUAAGAGGAGUCUCAGAGGGGCUAAACUGUGCGUCGUGAAGACGUAUCGCAAGAAGAAGCACGUUGAAGUCGUAGGAACAACUCAGGUAAUUACUCCUCACGCCUUGCCGAUGUUCCGGCAAGAGAAGAGCCGCUCGAGUCGGAAGAAGAUGGAAAAGGAUAGAGCAGAUCCGGUAAAGUCGAGGAAGCCCGAUCUGCCAAUCACUUCUGGCCAAGGUGGCCGUGUUGCUUCUUCUGGAGGCACUCUCAGUUCCUACGUCAUCCGGAACUUGGGGCUGAGUAAGCGCGUGGACGACGACCAAGAUCCCCGAGAAGCUAUUCUGAAGUAUGCCAAGGAAGCAGCAGAGAAUCCCUACUGGAUAGCUCCAGCUUAUGCAAGAACACAGCCCAAGCCCAUUUUUGAUAGUGAAGAUGGGCCAGAGGCCAAGAAACAAAAGACGGAAUAAAGUUAUAAGUAUAAAUGUUAAA